AUGUCAGAUAGUGUUGACCGCGUAUUCGUGAAAGCAAUCUCCACCAUUAGAGCCUUAUCAUCUCGCUCAAACUAUGGAUCCUUGCCUCGCCCGCCCGCAGAGAGCCGAAUUAAGCUCUAUGGGUUGUACAAGCAAGCCACAGAAGGGGAUGUGAGGGGUGUUAUGCCUCGUCCCGUGGGUUUCACCCCUGAGGACGAAGGGGCAAAGAAAAAAUGGGAUGCAUGGAAACGUGAAGAGGGACUUCCCAAAACAGAGGCGAAAAAGCGAUACAUCGCCUUUUUAAUAGAGACUAUGAAGGUUUAUGCAAGUGGCACACACGAGGCGCGGGAAUUGUUAAAUGAAUUGGAAUAUCUUUGGGACCAAAUCAAAGAUUUACCUGCAUCUGACGAGGAGAAUGACAACAAUCUCCAGUUCCCGUCCAAUGCUCCCCUGUUUAGCCAAACUGAUAGACUCUCCAAUAGGACGCCAAGUAUUGGGGGUUAUGGAUCAAGAGGAGGCCCCGGUUCAACUGUGGGACUGAAUUUGAAUGCCAUAUACUCGCACUCCAGAAAGAAUACCAUGUCUUUGAAUGACUACGUGCAUCAACAGAGGUUACAAAGUCAACACCCGCAACCACUAACUGGACUUCCGAGCCAACUGCGCUCGUACUUUGAGACUGGCUCUCAAAAAGCUGGAGACUACGGCGCCCCCGGGUCUGUGUUCUCUGUUCCAGCCACAGGCGUUAGACCCAGUAAUGUAGCUGAUGAUUUUAAGAACUGGCAAAGUGAAGUGAAUGCUAUUAUCAACCGACUUACUAGAGAGUUUGUUGACAGCAGAAGAAGAGACCAUGAGCAUGCACCAACCCAUGGAGAAGAAGGGGAUGAAGAUCAGUUACCAUUGGAUGACUUUGAAAUGAAGAAGAAAAGAGUAAUUGCACUUUUGAAGGUUGUUGGGCUCCAAGCGUGGAAGCUUUUGAAGAAUUUCGCUGUUAGUCUAUUCACCAUAUUGUUUAUCGUAUGGUGUGUGAAGAAAAACGUUGUUGUGAAGCGAACAUUUACCAAGCAAGAAUCUGUUAAUGGUAAAGUCAAGAAGGAAAUGAUCAUCAAUAUGGUUUUGAAUACGGAUGAAAAUAGAUGGUUUAUCAGGUUGUUAAAUUUUGUCAAUAGUUUUGUUGGAUUUGUAUGA